AUGAGGCGCUUCCUGCCGGUCGGCGGCGGCGGCGGGGAGCCGUCCUCCUCCUCCUCGUCGGGCGGUCACCACCACCAGCAAGGCGGGCUUGCGGGCCAGAGGGCGGCGGCGGGCCUGCGGUACCGAGGAGGCGACAUCUCGCUGGGGCACGAGCACGACGACGGACACCGUCGCCAUGAUAGGCAGACCACCGAUGGGUCCAUGGACAUGCUGGCGCGGCACAGCAGCUCGCCGGUGGGCUUCUUCUCCAACCUCAUGGUGGACAACGGUGAGUGA